CUCGCGCUCCAAAAAGGGGCUCCUUCCAACUCUCUACGUUGGGCUAGUCCCGCGCUGGGUCGAUGAGCCCCGCGCGAACUCCGCCGGAGCGCGGACGGUGCUUUUGUUAAGAGCUCCGAGAGUUGGGGGCUGUUUACCCUGGGUCCCUCCUGCGGGUGCUGGUGCUGCGUCCUCCCCCCCCCCAUCCCCGCCCCCCUGAAUUCUAGGCACUGGGACCCCGAGGGCCUCACGCAGGGUGUCUGUUUCCUAAAGUCGCUCACACGCCGCCUCCAGUCACGCACGCUGGGGCCCCCGCGGCUCCUCUCCGCUCGGGAGUCGCUAUGCCUCUGGGACACAUCAUGCACCUGGAUCUGGAGAAGAUCGCCCUCGAGUACAUCGUGCCCUGCCUGCAUGACAUCGGCUUCUGCUACCUGGACAAUUUCCUGGGCGAGGUGGUGGGUGACUGUGUCCUGGAGCGCGUGAAGCAACUGCACUGUAAUGGGGACCUGAAGGACGGGCAGCUGGCUGGACCCCGCUCCGGGAUCUCCAAGAGGCACUUGCGGGGAGACCAGAUAACCUGGAUCGGGGGCAACGAGGAAGGCUGCGAAGCCAUCAACUUCCUCCUGUCCCUGAUCGACCGACUCGUUUUGUACUGUGGAAGCCGCCUGGGCAAAUACUAUGUCAAAGAAAGGUCCAAGGCAAUGGUGGCUUGCUAUCCUGGGAAUGGGACUGGUUAUGUUCGACAUGUAGACAACCCCAAUGGAGACGGGCGUUGUAUCACCUGCAUCUACUAUCUGAACAAGAACUGGGAUUCCAAGCUCCAUGGCGGGAUCCUUAGGAUAUUCCCAGAAGGAAAGUCCUUUAUAGCAGACGUGGAACCUAUUUUUGACAGACUGCUCUUUUUCUGGUCAGAUCGAAGGAAUCCACAUGAAGUACAGCCUUCCUAUGCUAUGAGAUAUGCUAUGACUGUUUGGUACUUUGAUGCAGAGGAAAGGGCAGAAGCCAAAAAGAAAUUCAGAAAUUCAAUUGGCAAGACAGAAACCUCACGAAGUGAAGACUGACCUGGAGAUCAGUGGGCGCUGUUCUUUUCUAAAACACCGUUCCUGAAUUCUCUGCAAGCGACAAGAUCCAAAGACCUCUUCAUUGACUCAGGGGAAGGAUACUCUUUCCCAUAAGCUAGAAAUGCACUGUUUGUGUCUCUUCUCUUGUCUGUGGUACUCAGCAUUCUUCUGCCAGGACUCUGUUCAUCUCCAGACACUCUCUGUGACUUUGGAAGAACUUGAAGAAUUGCCUGCUCCAGGAAUACCGUUGCACAACGGCCCAUUCAGCAAGUUUAGCAGAUGACUUUUUGGCUACACCAGUUGUAAAGAUUACGAACAUGGAAACAUAGAGGAGGGAACAAAUCUUAUUUGCACUUUAUGUAAACUUUUCAGAUUGAAAGAAAGCUUUGCCAAGAAAUGCUGCCUCUGAAAGCAACUUGAGGGGUUGACCUAAGGAAAGAGUUUAGUGUUCCUAGUGCAUCUCAGCUAGAAACCAUUGGACAGGCUUUCUGUAGCAUUAGCUCAUGUGUGUUUUCACUUUCUUUACAAAAGGGGCAUCCUCAUUAUUGUAAUACCUUCACAUAUGCCUUGUUGUCCAGAUACUUCUCAUUUUGUUCCUUCUUCCUGGUCUUGGAAGUAAGGCUUCUUGCCUCUGCUCAAGUUGGGUGAAAAUGUUAACCUUGUAUAAGAUAGGAGUACCAUUUACUUCCCUUUUCGUUUUCUUCCCUCAAGAGGUUACUUCCCUAGAAGUCUAGCCAAGUCUGGAAGUUCAACGUUGUCUUAUUGCUUCUUUAAUAAGGUAGAGUUGCGAAUCCAAGAGUAAAAAUCUGUUUGGACCUUAGAACCAAUUUAUAAUUACAUAUCUUUUGAAAUUAACAAAAAAUGUCUCUCCCCAUAUUCCCUCCUCAUUAUAAAAAAAAAAAAGAAAGAAAGAAAAAAACUUUUAUAACAUAUGCUUUGUCCAAAAAAGAAAUUGCUCCCUUGGUUGUGUCCAAAAUCCUAUGUCUCAUCCUUGAGCCUUCAUUUCUAGCAAGAGGUAGCUAAUGUUCCAUUGGGUUCCACUGGACCUCAGACUUUAUAUGUGUCUCCACUGGUACUGUUGGGAAAGAGGACUCAAGAAAAUUAGUAAUGUCUUCCCCUUUAGAAAAAAAUGAGGCCACCCUCCUUUGAGAAAGUGGGGUUCUAUAUUUUUAAAAGAAAAUAGAAAUAAAAAAUUACUGAGAAAAAAACAAACUAUGUUGAGUCACUUGACUCUGUCUAUCCCCACCAUCCUUCACUUCCACAACCGGCAUUUUGGUUAGACCUUGCUACCUCAGGCUUACUCCUGUUGUCAGUGUUACAGAGGUCAUAUAUUUACUGAGGUGUAAUUGUGAAAUUGUGAAGAAAAGAAAUUGUGUUCUCUACGAAUGUAUGAGGGAACACUUUCCCUCAUCUCAAGUCUCCAUUUCCUCAUACCAUUGUGGCCUUUUUUCACCUUUCUCUCAGACAUCUUCUCUGUUCCCUUUUGUAUCUUACUUGGAAUUGUCUCAUUUCCCUACCCAUACAGUGAAGAAGGAAAAUGGGAAACACUUUCAUUUUCUUUUGGUAGAGAUGUUCGAUUUCUUGGAAAAAAUCACAAGUUUAACUUGGCUUUAAUUGAUUGUUGAAAAGCCUUAGACAAGUGUUGCCAUCUCUAAUUCGGCCUCACAUCAAGAUCUUUUCUAUGUGUAUCUUUGGAGAUGUACAAUAUGUGUCCCUUUCUUCCCCAUUUUGUCACCAUGGAAAAGACUUCCUGGGGUGUGUGGGGGGGCGGUGUACAACGUUCUAUCAUCAUACAUUGGUGAACCCAGGAGAUAAAUGAUAAAUUCUAGAACUCUUUGGUGUCAUGAAUGGUUUGGUGAAUGAAACUGAGCUAAUUAUUCACCAAAUGGUGGAUUGCUGUAGAACAUGCUGUGAGCUACUAUUAGUUGGAAGACUGAACACACAGGAUUUCUCUUCUUCUCUAGCUUGGACCAUUAAGAAUAUAAAUUUAGCCCUGAUGAAUGUAGCUCCAGUUGUACUAAGAAAGAAUCCCUGAGAAUAAGCUGAAAGAUCAUAGUAAGAGAAAAAUGCUUUACUAGAUACCCUGGUGACAAACAGUAACUAUACAUUUUGAAAUGGACUUUUUUA